UUUUUUUUUUUUUUUUUUUUUUUGUAAAAACUUUUUAGUUAGUAUGGGUUCCCCGAUCCUUUUUAGUUUUCUAUCGGGGUUAUUUGUCUUUUAAAAAAACAAGUAAUUUAUUCAUGGAUACAGUCAAGCCUAUGGAAUUUGGCGUUUACUCAAAAAAAGUCGGAACUUAUAAAAAGUCGUGAGCUUAAAGUUUGUUUGUCAAACAGGCUAACUUAAACUGACUCGAAGAUUGUGCCUAAUUGAUCGCAUCUUCCACAUCUGGGUUUUUGCUCCUCUCUCUCUUCCUGAUAAAAUAUAACAAAAUGUUGAACAUUGUUUUUAUAAAGAUGAACAAGAAAAUUUCUUUAUGUAAUUUACGAUCCCAUGGAGAAUGUUGCAACACUUGUCGAUGAUCCCAGUGUUGAUCUCAAGUUCUCAGUUAAAAAGUUGAAGUUCUACAACGUUUACAAGGACCUCAUCGUGAAAACAUUCAUAGACUGUGUGCUUGAAAAUCCUCGAGAGCGCGGACUAGAGACAUACAUAUUAAUUACACCACUGCUUUAUAGUGGAAGUAUUACGAAAGGAGUCAAUUAUAAACCCAUGCCAAAAGUACCUCUAUUCGUAAACUCAGGCCGGUAUUACGGAAAAUUGAAAGAUUAUAAACUACCGCUUUCAGCAUGUCACCGAUAUAAAUUGUAUCCAAAUAUUCUCAUGUUUGCUAUCAAAGGCUUUUCAAGUAUUGAAUUUAAGAUAAAGUUUAAAGUUGUUGAUGAAAACAGUUUCUGGAUACGAUAUCCUAAUUCUGAAUAUCAAUUGUAUUUUGUAAGUAUAAAUACGGAUGAAUCAAACCGAGUCAACAUUAACGAGGUCAGAUACACCAAAGGCGAUAUAUUAAUGAUUGCAAAACCAUGGGAUCAUUGUAAAACAGUUUGCCCAUUAAAUCAAAAUCAGGUCCAGUUCUACGGUAAAGUAAAUGAAUAUGUAUCUUAA